AACUGAUGAUAUGUGGUUAUUCUUGAAGGAAGAUUUUACGUUAGACCCGACGAUAUAAAAAAUAUGGACUUAUUACCGGUAAACUUUUAUGUUCUUCGUUUCUGUGGUGUAUGGAAAGAAAGUAAGGAUGGCAACUUGAUAAUACGUUUUAUCAGCUUCUGCUACAGGUAUACGAUCGCUGUUUUGAUAUAUCACUUCACGAUAUCUGAAAUAAUCGAACUUAUACGCAUGAGGAACAACAUGGAGGAUUUAACGGAAUGUCUAUUCCUCGCCUUAAGUUUCAUAACCCUGUGUCUAAAAUAUCUCAAUUUCUUGAUGAGGCAGUGCGAAUUACGUGCUUUGUUAAAUUGUUUUCGCGCUAAGCUAUGCCAGGCGAGAGAUUCCACGGAGGAAUCGAUAUUAAAACAAUACGAUCGCAAAGCUAAGCAGACUGCCUGUCUCUUCAUGUUUAUGUGCCAAACAACGGGUCUACUGAUCCUCACAGUGCCCCUGUUGACUGACGACAAAAGAUCUUUGCCAUGCAAGAUGUACGUACCAUAUUCCAUCACGGCGUUUCUUCCUUAUGUGUUGACUUAUCUUCAGCAAACCACAGCUUUAAUUUAUGGAAUUCUGUUGAACGUUUCCUUCGAUUCUCUCGUUUAUGGUCUGAUUAUUCAUACCUGUGGACAAAUUGAGCUGUUAUGCUAUCGAUUGACGGAAAAAAUUCGAUUUCUUCAGGAACAUAACGAAGAGAAAAAACUCGGUGUCAUUGAAGAUUACGCUAUUGCGGAAUGUGUAAAACAUCAUAUUUCAGUAUAUAAUAUUACAAACAGGAUACAAUCGUUAUUUAUAUGGACAACUACUACUUUAUUCUUCUUCAGCCUUCUCACUCUCUGCACCAGCAUUUAUCAAAUGUCUAAAAAAGAACUUUUUAGUCCUGAAUUCUUCUCUUUCAUUUUGUACUUAGGAUCAAUGAUGUUUCAAGUAUUCAUAUACUGCUGGUAUGGCAACGAACUGGAUUUAAAGAAUAAAAAUAUUGCACAUGCUAUUUAUGCUAGCGACUGGACAGUAAUAUCGGCCAAACAUCGUAAAAACUUAUUACUAAUGAUGCUGAUGAGCCAGAGAGGAAGAAUACUUUCUUCUUACGGAUUUUGUGCAUUAAUUCUUAGUACUUUUACGUGGAUUAUAAAAACGCCCUACUCUGCUUUUAACUUCAACUGCAGCAAACUUCAAUUUAAUAUCUUCAUAAUUAAUUUAAUGUCUAUAUUUAUAUUUGUCAGUAUCUAUUCUGUACUAUCAUAUAAUAAAACUUCUAGGUAUGCCAUUGUGAUUUUAAUAUAUGAGUUUACGCUAUCAGAAGUAAUCGAGCUUAUAAGGACGCAUGACGAUAUCGAAGAUAUAACCGAAGGGCUCUUCCUAGCUUUAACUUAUGUAGCUUUAUGCUUUAAAUACGGAAACUUCUUAGCACGACGAGACGAAAUUAUCAUGUUACUAGAUUGUUUUCGAAAGGAAACAUGUCAACCAAAGAAUACCGAAGAGAAAAUGAUCCUCGUUAAAUACGAUCGCAAAGCCAAGUGGUGCGUGAGAUUUUUCAUGAGUAUAUCACAGGCUACUUGCAUAGCUCUCAUUCUCGCUCCUGUCGUGGGACCUCAGGAUACCGACAGACCUCUACCGUUCAAGACGUAUCUGCCAUACUCGAUAUCCGAUUUAUACCCGUAUUUGGCAACCUAUCUUCAGCACGUAGGCGCGAUUUUUUAUGGGGUAUUACUGAACGUCUCGUUCGACUCCCUCGUCUACGGUUUCACCCUUCAUGUCUGCGGGCAGAUCGAAUUGCUGUGUUAUCGUCUGUCGAAGAUCUUCAAGGAUUAUUCCAAGCAGUAUCAAAUCGAUUCGGGCGCGAUGAUCAGCGAGUGCGUGAGACAUCACUUAAACGUACACGAGCUCGUGCGCAGGAUACAAUCGUUGUUUGUGUGGACUGUGACGAUUUUAUUCAUUUUCAGCAUGGUCACCUUAUGCACCAGUAUUUUUCAAAUGUCUAAGAAAAAAAUUCUCAGCGUCAAAUUUCUAUCAUUGACUCUAUAUCUCGGCAGCAUGCUGUUUCAAGUGUUCUUCUAUUGCUGGUAUGGAAACGAGCUGCAGUUGAAGAGCAAGAAUAUCGGUAAUGCUAUUUAUUCGAGCAAUUGGACUAUCGCUACGACGCGAGAUCGCAGAAGUUUGCUCUUUGUGAUGAUCAUUAGUCAAAGGGGAUUAAGACUUUCUUAUUACGGAAUUUUUAACUUGGCUCUCGACACUUUUACUUGGAUUUUGAAAACGUCCUACUCUGCCUUUAAUGUUCUACAACAAACGUCAAUUUGA